GUUCCUGAGUUCCCAAUGGUUUUGAACGCGGCAUUAGUUGAUCUUUCCCUCCCCUCCGACCUGUCACAUUCCUCCACCUCCCGACAUCUUCGACACACUCGAACAUCUACAGAUAUGUCUGACUUCUCAGAAGAUCAAAUCAUGGAGUUUAAGGAGGCCUUCCUCCUCUUCGACAGAACCGGUGAUGGAAAGAUCAGCUACAGUCAGUGUGGUGAUGUCAUGAGGGCGUUGGGACAGAAUCCUGUCAACUCUGAGGUCCUCAAGGUCCUGGGCAACCCCAAGGCUGAAGAGAUGAACCACAAGAUGCUUGACUUUGAGCAGUUCCUGCCCAUGCUGCAGGCCAUCGCUAAGAAUAAGGACCAGGGCUCCUUUGAGGAUUUUGUUGAGGGACUACGUGUCUUCGAUAAGGAGGGCAACGGAACUGUAAUGGGGGCAGAGUUACGGCACGUCCUCACCACACUCGGGGAGAAGAUGACGGAGGAGGAGGUAGAGACACUUCUUACUGGACACGAGGACGCUAAUGGCUGUAUCAAACUUGAAGGUGAGAGGGAAAGAGUAAAACAGAAUGAUGGAUGGAGAUAGGAGACAACAGGACGAGCUAUAACUGGACUAGGUUCAUGUGAGUAAUGAUCCC